AUGAAGCAAAAGGUGGUGAUUAGGGUGCCAAUGAAUGGUCAGAAGUCUCGUUCCAAGGCAAUGAAGAUCGUCGUUGGUGUCUCAGGGGUAGAGUCAGCAUCGUUACAGGGACAAGAAAAUAAUCAGAUAACGGUGGUUGGAGAAAAUAUCGACCCGGUGGUGCUCGCCACGUUGCUGCGGAAGAACGUUGGCUCAGCGGACCUGGUUAGCGUUAGUCCGGUGGGUGGUGAAGAGAACAAAGAGAAUGUGGCGACGGCACAGCCUCCGGUUUGGUCCCAUUCCUACUAUCCUGCCGUUGUGCCCCAGUACCCAAUGUACCCAAUUUAUCAGGCUGACCCAAUCUGCACCAUUUUGUGACUUCCCAAGUAGGGUGUUGAUCGGAAGUGGUUGCAUAGAGAGGGUAUUUGUCGAUUCCCAGCCGAGGAGGCUGAGGCUCAGUACUACUGUUAUUUUUGGGAGUUCAUAGCUUGCUACUUAGUUGUGGUGUUGUUGAAGUAUGCAAUUCUAGUAUUCGUUUUUGGAAUAAUACUAUAGCUUUAAAGA